GUUAAAUUCCAAACAUGUUGGCGGCGGCGAGUCUGUGGAAGCGCGCGGCGGCGGCGGCGGCGCGGCCAACAGCGACGACCUUUCGUGCAUUCCACGCUACUCCGGUCGUUCUCAAGAGAAAAGAUGGAGCGUCUGCGUCCGUGGUCAAGAUCCCACGGUUGUACACGAAGACGCUGACAAAGCAGGAGAAGAAGAAAAAGGACAUCUCACGCGGCCACAAGGACCUUGCCUGGCGCAUGCGUGAUGCCAAGCGCAAGCAAAAGGAACUUUUGAAGCAAGAGGCUGCGUAUGCCGAGUUUGAGCAGGACACGGAGCUUCUCAAGGAGUACGACCUCGCCUUUGACGAAAUCAUGAAUUCGGGUCGCCACCGCGAGUACUUGUACAACGACAUCAUGGAUGUGACAUUGCGCGACAUGAAUCCAGAUGAAAUCGCCGAGUCGUUCUACCGGCUCAAGUCGAAGGACCAAACGAUCGAACAACUCCACGACAUGAUGCGAGUGUACGCUAUCCACAAGCGUGCGGACGAGGUCCAAGCGAUUCUCCACCAGCUCGAGCAACACACGGAUGGACCUAUCCCAGCCACGUGGGCCACCGCACCGUCGGGUAACGACUCGGAUGCUGUCCAAGUCGUCACGACCCCACGCAAGCUGUCGCCGCGAUUGAAGGCCACCGAGCAAACGUAUGAUCUGUACAUCGCCGCGCUUGCCGAAACCAAGCAGGCGGCCAAGGCGGUGCGCGUGAUGGGUCGCAUGAAGGAACUCGGCGUCCCCGUCACGUUGCAAACGUACAACGCCGUCAUGCAGGCGUGCACGCGCAGUCGCCGCCCCGAUUGGGCAUACAACAUCUUUGAGAAAAUGCAAGCGAACGGGAUUCAGCCAAACGUGGUGUCGUUCACGAUCCUCAUGAACGCAUCGAUCGCGGUCGGCGACAUCGACCGCGCGUUCGAGACAUUCCACAUCAUGCGGUCGCAUGUCGCCCAGCCCAGCCUCAUCACGUUCAACUCGUUGAUCCACGGGUAUGCCAAGAUCGGCCGCGUCGAGCGAUGCAUUAACUUGCUCGAGGACAUGCUGGAUUUGCAAAUCACGCCCAACAACGUGACGUAUGCGAGCCUCAUCCACGCAUGCUCCAAGUCGUUCCACUAUGCGCACAAAGCGUGGGAAUUUUUCUACGAAAUGCAAGACAAUUACGACAUUGUUCCGGACACGGUCGUGUAUGGGUACAUGAUGAAUGCGGCGGCACGUCACGGCGACCUCCGCAGCGCCGACAAGCUCGUGUACCUGAUGGACAAGUAUGCCGUGCCCCAGACGAAUACGAUCCUCGUCUCGUUGAUCAAUGUGUACGCACGAGCGCAGAUCAAGUCGGUCGUUCGCCGGGCGCGGUGUAACAUUGCACCACCAGAGCCUCUUGAACCGAUCUUGCCCGCAAAGCGGUACUCGGAACUCGAGUGGGACGACAACGGGAACCUGAUCGACUUGGACCGUCCCGGCAAGCAAGACGUGUAUUCGAACCACAACAUGGGCUACGACGACGAAGAGGAUGACGACGACGAUUUUGACGAUGAAGAUAGCUACGACAAUCUCAAACUCCGCGACAACGACGAUGUCGUCGACAGCGCACUCAACUCGAUCAAGACCAAGGGCCUCUCCGCCGAGGACCAGGAAGCGCUCAAGAAGUACUUGUCGGACCGGAACCGAAUCCCGGUGCCACGGUACAUUCUGGGCCCGACGCCGCCAGCCGAGGACGAAGACCCGGCCGACGUCGACUCCCUCGCGUGGAAUCCGCUUCCGAUGGAAGAAUUCAACCAGUUUCAAAACUCGAACCGAGACCAAGCGAUCAAAGUGUACCACAAGUGCCUCGAGUUGCACGGUCCGUCCGUCGCGUUGCUCAACACGAUGCUGAGCGUCCACACGAACGCGCUCCGCAUCCAAACGGCCAAGAAGUUUGUCGCGGAGGAAUUUGCCAAGCACAACGUGACCCCAGACAUAUUUACGUACCGCAGCUUGAUGCGCAUGUACACGCGGGCGAAGCGACCGCAGAUGGCCCUGGAUUGCGUCCACGAGCUGCAUGCAAAAGGCAUCAAGCCCGACGCGACGUUCUAUGGGUACUUGGUCGACUACUUUGCGUGCCAGCGCCGACUGCGUAGCGCGUUGGAAGUGCUCGAGGAAAUGGAUCGGUAUGGCCUCGCGCUGCCGGAAGCGAACGCCUACGUUCUUCGAAAACUCGUCAAGAAGUACGGAAUCUACACAGAGCUCCUGUCCGAGGACCCGAACGCGAUUCACAGCAUGAGCCACGCCGACCUCAUGGACAUGCGACGCACCCGCGCGGCCGCGAUCGCCGACAACAAAAAGUACAAUCGCAAGUUUUACAUUCCUCGGCGCUCCGAGUUGGAAGUGCUUUAAGUAAUGCACCCCCCCCCUUCCCUCGCACCACGUCAUCCUCCAUCUUGUGGACGAAUUCGCCGAAAGGCUGUGUCGUUGUUCGACAAGGGCUCCGCGUGCGCGACAUGCGGCGGCAACUCCGUCAAGGCCAACUUGGCUCGAUGUAGAAAACACCCGCCGC